UCUGUGUGUAGUAAGAGCUGCAACCCAGGCACCCGCAUGGCCAGAAAGAAGGGUGAACCUCUCUGCUGCUUCGAUUGCAUCCCUUGUUCAGAAGGAAAAGUUAGCAAUGGGACAGGUUUGUUUGAAACACAUAUAUUUAUACAAUGCACAUAUUAUGUCAAAAUUAAUUACCAAAAUGUAUAAUAACUUCCUUCCUGUAAUCCGUUAGAUUCAACCAAAUGUACCAGCUGUCAAGAGUCUUUUUGGUCCAACAUCCAGCGUGAUCACUGUAUUCCCAAAAGCAUGGAAUUUCUUUCCUAUGUGGAACCCCUGGGAAUCUCCUUGACGACUGCCUCAUUAUCUGGCACACUUUUAUGCACUAUUGUUUUGGGAAUCUUCACCCGCCAUCGGACCACGCCAGUGGUUAGGGCCAACAACUCAGAGCUUAGCUUUCUCAUUCUCCUGUCACUCAAACUAUGCUUCUUGUGCUCUUUGCUUUUCAUUGGUCAACCAAGGCUGUGGACUUGUCAGUUUAGGCAUGUAGCCUUUGGAAUCAGCUUUGUGCUGUGUAUCUCGUGUAUCCUUGUGAAGACCAUGGUGGUUCUGGCGGUAUUCAAGUCCUCCAAACCAGGUGGUGGUGGUAGUCUGAAGUGGUUUGGGGCAGUUCAACAGAGGGGGACUGUCAUAUUUCUGACUUUAAUACAAGCAGCAGUUUGUACAACAUGGCUUGUGUCUUCCUCACCAGCUCCUCAUGAAAACACAGAGUACUACAGCGACAGGAUAGUAGUUGAGUGUGUAGUGGGGUCCACAGUAGGAUUUGGAGUAUUACUGGGCUAUAUUGGAUUACUGGCUAUUCUCAGCUUCUUACUAGCAUUCUUGGCACGAAAUCUACCAGAUAACUUCAAUGAGGCCAAGUUCAUCACCUUCAGCACACUGGUCUUUUGUGCUGUUUGGAUAGCCUUUAUCCCCGCUUAUAUCAACUCCCCUGGAAAAUAUGCCGAUGCUGUGGAGGUAUUUGCCAUUCUAUCUUCUAGUUUUGGGCUGUUACUGGCCCUAUUUGGACCAAAAUGUUAUAUAAUUCUCCUUCAGCCUGAGAAAAACACUAAGAAAGCUUUAUUGAGACGAGGCUCACCCAGAUCAUAAAAACAUUUCAAUGAUUUGUCAUUGUUGUUUUAAUAAAUACAUUUAACCACUGAAGUUCUGUUGAAUUUAGACAACAUUACCAGCAUUCUAUGACGAUUCCUUGAUUAGCUCAAUUGUAGCCAUUUUAAAUGUCAAUCAGACAUAAAUCUGUAAUGACUAGUUUGACCAACAUAUUUGUCAAAAUAGGUAAGAAAUAAAUUCAC